AUUCAUCACUACGUCAGAAUGGCAGCAUCGAUAGCCCCCGAAUGCAACGAAGUCAAAGAGAAAUACGACACCUGCUUUCUCAAAUGGUACAGUGAAAAGUAUCUGCGCGGAAACACCUCCGCCAAGGACUGCGACGAACUCUUCUCGAAAUACAGGACCUGUCUGAAUGUCGCACUGAAAGACCGAGGAAUCGACUCGAUGCUCGACGACGCACGGAAAAACAACGCGAAGGAAAGCGACAUGGAGCACCUGCGGAACUGAAACGCCGACUUCCGGACACUUCUGAAACGAUGUUAUGAAUGAGUUUUGCAUACCUCUUCGCUCCGUCCAUCUAUUCGCCCACCUCACUCUCCACUCCUCCCGGAUCGGGAUGUACUCCGACGUUUCUCUCUGCACUCGCCGCUCGCCGCUCGCCGCUUACCGCGAACAGAAUGCGAGUCGAUAGGCCUCUGGGGAGAAAAGAUAUCAAUCUUGUUGCUGAAGUGGCUUGGUUGCUUCGGCACUUGGGAGCCGAGACUGCGGGAUCCACGGCCGAUUGUGUCUUGUCUCAUGUCUGAGAUCGGUUUCACGGGUCUACAGCAUUGUGAAUGGCUUAUAGCUUAAGCAUAGCGAUCUAUUAUUAGCUUGGAUUUCUAUUAUUCUGCUUAAUUGCUUGUGGGUUGCAUGUAAAUUAUGGAGUUUGCAUUCUGCGUGCUAGAUCUAAACUUAUCUAGAUACUGUACUGUACA